AUGCAACAGAAGCGUCUUACUGCUGCCCUGGUGGCCGCUCUGGCCGCUGUGGUCUCUGCCGAGUCCGAUGUCACGUCCUUGACCAAGGAGACUUUCAACGACUUCAUCGGCUCCAAUGACCUCGUCCUGGCUGAGUUCUUCGCUCCCUGGUGCGGCCACUGCAAGGCUCUCGCCCCCGAGUACGAGGAGGCCGCCACGACCCUCAAGGACAAGAGCAUCAAGCUCGCCAAGGUCGACUGUGUCGAGGAGGCUGACCUCUGCAAGGAGCAUGGAGUUGAGGGCUACCCCACGCUCAAGGUCUUCCGUGGCCUCGAUAAGGUCGCUCCCUACACUGGUCCCCGCAAGGCUGACGGCAUCACCUCCUACAUGGUGAAGCAGUCCCUGCCCGCCGUCUCCGCCCUGACCAAGGACACCCUUGAGGACUUCAAGACCGCCGACAAGGUCGUCCUGGUCGCCUACAUCGCUGCCGACGACAAGGCCUCCAACGAGACCUUCACCGCUCUGGCCAACGAGCUGCGUGACACCUACCUCUUCGGUGGCGUCAACGAUGCUGCCGUUGCCGAGGCCGAGGGCGUCAAGUUCCCUUCCAUUGUCCUCUACAAGUCUUUCGACGAGGGCAAGAACGUCUUCAGCGAGAAGUUCGAUGCCGAUGCCAUCAAGUCCUUCGCUCAGGUUGCCGCCACUCCCCUCGUUGGCGAGGUCGGCCCUGAGACCUACGCCGGUUACAUGUCCGCCGGCAUCCCUCUGGCUUACAUCUUCGCCGAGACCGCCGAGGAGCGUGAGGACCUCAGCAAGACCCUGAAGCCCAUCGCCGAGAAGUACAAGGGCAAGAUCAACUUCGCCACCAUUGACGCCAAGAACUUCGGCUCCCACGCCGGCAACAUCAACCUCAAGACCGACAAGUUCCCCGCCUUUGCCAUUCACGACAUUGAGAAGAACCUCAAGUUUCCCUUUGACCAGAGCAAGGAGAUUACCGAGAAGGACAUUGCUGCCUUUGUUGACGGCUUCUCCUCUGGCAAGCUUGAGCCCAGCAUCAAGUCCGAGCCCAUCCCCGAGACCCAGGAGGGCCCCGUCACCGUUGUCGUUGCCCACACUUACAAGGACGUUGUCCUUGACGACAAGAAGGAUGUCCUGAUCGAGUUCUACGCUCCCUGGUGCGGUCACUGCAAGGCUCUCGCCCCCAAGUACGAUGAGCUCGCCAGCCUGUAUGCCAAGAGCGACUUCAAGGACAAGGUUGUCAUCGCCAAGGUUGACGCCACCGCCAACGAUGUUCCCGACGAGAUCCAGGGCUUCCCCACCAUCAAGCUCUACCCCGCCGGUGACAAGAAGAACCCUGUCACCUACAGCGGUGCCCGCACUGUUGAGGACUUCAUUGAGUUCAUCAAGGAGAACGGCAAGUACAAGGCCGGCGUCGAGAUCCCCGCCGAGCCCACCGAGGAGGCUGAGGCUUCCGAGACCAAGGCUGAGGAUGCCAAGGCUUCCGAGGAGACUCACGACGAGCUGUAA